AUGUCUGUCAAGGUUCUUUGUAUCGAGAAACGCGGAGCCUCCUCCAGCAACGUUCUUCCGACAAACCAGUUCCACAACAUGUCUGAGACCUCCUGGACCAUCCCCAACUUCCAAGGCGACAUCAUCACCCCUACCCAUCCAGAGUACCCUCAGGCUAUCGCCCGGUGGGCAGCGAACGCAGAGCGGAGAGCCAAGGUCGUCGCAUUCGUCAAGGACGAGCAAGAUGUCGUCCGAGCUUUGAAGUACGCCAAAGAGAACCUACUGCCGAUCGCGGUCCGGGGCGGCGGCCACAACCCCACUGGGGCGUCGUCCAUUGUUGAUGGUCUUGUCAUCGACCUUUCGCGGUACUUCAGCGGUGUCAGAGCCGACCCAGAGAAGAAGCUUGUGUACGUUGGCGGUGGCGCUGUUUGGGGGAGCGUCGACGAGGAAUGUAUCAAGCACGGACUUGCAGGUGUGGCGGGAACUGUCAGUCAUACUGGAGUUGCAGGGCUUGCCCUCGGGGGCGGCUAUGGCUGGCUGACAGCAGCCUACAGCGUCGUCUCGGACAAUAUCGUCCAGGUGACACUCGUCACCGCUGCAGGCGAGGUCCUCACCGUCAACGAAAGCGAGAAUGCCGAUCUCUACUUUGCCAUCCGUGGCGGUGGAGGAAACCUUGGGGUCGUCACCGAAUUCGUGUUCAGGAUCUACCCACAACGCAAAACAGUGUAUACUGGAACGAUCUAUUAUCCUGCAUUGGCGGGAGAGAAGCUCAUCAAGGCGACGCAGGAGUGGCUCUCUCGCAGAACGGAGAAGGAGAGCGUGUGUCUAUUCGUCGCCAUUGGGCGUCAUGGUGAACCAAUUUUUGUUGUGAUGCCCUUCUAUAACGGCUCCGAAGCGGAGGGUAGAAAGUGCUUCAAGGGGUUGCUUGAUGCUGGACCAUUCAAGGAUGCGUCGAAAGAAAUGCCAUACGAAAACCUCAACACUCUUAUUAACCCAAUGGCCGACCAUGGCCAUGGCCAGUACAUGAAAGGGGUCAUGAUUCAGGAGUUUCAUCAAUCGACCGUUACAAAAAUACACCAACGGCUUGCCGAAAUGUACGCUGAGAGCGCCGGCGCCUUCAGAAUGUCAGUGCUGUACCAGCUUUUCGCGCACGACAAGGUCGACGCCAUCCCCCAAGAGACAACCGCGUUCCGCAGAGAGAAGGGAAUCACCAACGCCUUGGUCCUCUUCGACUGGGACCACGAUCCGCAGAACGAUAGGACGGACCAGGCACGCAAGUAUGUCCAUGAGCUGUGCGAACUCGCUCUGGAAGGCCAGCCCGGUGAAACGAAGCAAGGGGAAAAGAUAGGCUAUAGCAACUACGACCCUGAUGCCGCGGUAACGUCGACCGUGGCCGUUGAUAAGGCCAAAGCCGUCUUCGGAGCCAACUAUCCUCGCCUUCAGGCCAUCAAGAAGCUUUAUGAUCCUGAAAAUAUCUUUAACAAGUGGUUCCCUAUUGUACCCCUUUGA